AUGAGAUAUCUUGCUUUCAUGGGAGGUCGAUCGGGUACAGAAGGAAGAACAAUCGAACAACAAAUUCUAGAGUCAAAUCCAGUUCUGCAAGCCUUUGGGAAUGCCAAAAUGGUGAAGAACAACAAUUCCAGGAGAUCCAAUUCGACAAGCAAGGGAAGAUAUCUAGAGCUGUGGACUGUGGUUAGAACUUACCUUCUAGAAAGAUCACGAGUUUGCCAAGUGUCGGAUCCCGAGAUGAACUACCAUUGUUUUUAUAUGCUUUGUGCCGAUGUCAAGAGGUUCAAAUUAGGAGACCCGAGAAAGUUUCAUUAUUUGAAUCGGACUAACUGCUAUGAAGUAGCGAAUAUAGAUGAUGGGCGAGUGUAUUUGGAAACAAGAAAUGCUAUGGAUGUUAUCGGAAUCAACCAGGAUGAGCAGACAGAGGAUAUAACGUACUCCGAUGCGUAUGCGACGUUGGGGGUUGAUAAUAGUUUAAGGCUGGAUGAGUAUAGGAAGAAUUUUAAAGUUAAAGUGAUUAAGCAUAACGAAGAAGAUAUGGAGAUUAUUAAACCGAAGAAAUACGGCUGGUUUGGUGCUCAAAAGGAACUUGUGAGUGCAUUAAGCCAAUGGCCUCUUAAAAGCCUUAUGUACGAGCCUGAAGAAACCGUGGAUGGACCGCUUCCCUACUCACCAGGUCGAAUCAAUGCACCGGCUAUAUUCAUAAUAUGUAACCAAUGGGCUCAAGCCAUGCACAGAAUCUCUAGCAAAGAAGUGGUUGACUUAAUGCGGCAUUUUGCAACGGCCAUUCUUCAGUUAUGGAAACGGGAGAAGGGAGAAAUGUGA